UAUAGUCCUACAACCAAACUCUCUCUCUUCCCCCUAAUCAUUCACGCUCAAUCGAUUGCCCAAAUAGCUAGGGUUUUUCCCUCCUAGGGUUUUCGCUUUCACCCAAAUUCGUCAACCGUCGUUUUUCCGAUCACCAGUCAACCAUGACAGGAAAGGCGAAGCCAAAGAAGCAUACGGCAAAGGAGAUCGCGUCAAAGGUCGACGCGGCGACGACGAACCGGGGCGGAGGGAAGGCGGGGCAAAAGGACAGGACUGGCCAAGACAAAGGAGGUCACGCUAAGUUUGAGUGUCCUCACUGCAAAACCACUGCGCCGGAUGUGAAAUCUAUGCAGAUCCAUCACGAUGCUCGCCACCCGAAGACCCCUUUCGAGGAAGAUAAGCUCGUGAAUUUACAUGCUAAUCAUGUCGCCGAUUCCUCUACGUCGCGUCCUGGUGUUAGGGGUAGCUUCAAAAAGUGAAGGGUGAGGACGAAGGUUAUAAAGAUUACAACUUCCCAUGUUUUCUGGUUUCUUUUUUUUCUGGGUACUAUUGUGUUUGUGUUUUUGUCUUGCUUUGUGUUGUUGGGAAGCUAUGAUGAUAUUAAUUCUCAAGGAAGUUUCUAGCUUCUGCUCUGAUCGUGCAAUGUAUAUUACAUAUAUUAUUAUGAUAUUUAUGAAGCGCUUAUUCCCUAUGGUUAA